AUGACAGGUACUCAAUCGCCUCCGGUAAAGGUUGAUAUACGGAAAAAGUUGAACGAUAUAAUGGAGAGUAACGGUGAGAUAGUACCAUACAAUAAACAAUCUAUGUCAAGAAAUCAAAAGCUGGGUAAGGAUGAUCGGAGUAUUGAGAGAUCACUUGCUUUGUUAAAACGGGCAUAUGAUUCAGUUACAUUUCUUGAUAAAGAUGGCAAACCAUUUAGUGUGGAUAAGCUACGACUUCGGGAUUUGAAAUUUAGCAAUAAACAGUCAAGAGUUAUAUUUGAUAAUGUGAUGAGGAUAAAAGAAAUGACCAAGAAGCAGAUCAAUCGAGGUUUGGCAUUGGCAUUGCUAGGAACCAAUCAAAAACAGUUGGAUGACCCUUAUUUUGUCACAAAGAAUGUUGUUGACCUACUAGCAUUUGAUCAAGAUGCCAAACGUGCCAACUACUUGUGUCGCAUAACUCCUAAGAAUGCAACAGUAGCAAUGAACACCAUCAUGGAGUGGCAUUUUGACAAAAAGGACCAAAAAAAUGGCAUCAAAUCAUUCAAUGAACGACGAAACUAUGGUGUCCCAUGUGAUUCGUAUACCUAUCUCAAACUUUUCGAUGGAGUGGCCAAGAGUAGCGAAUGGGGUAAAGUCAGUGACGAAAUGUGUGAUCGAAUGAUUGAAACAUUUAAGACUUCGCGAGUCAAAUUUCAAGAUGAUGAUAAAAUGACAACUUCAAUCUUUAAUGCAUGUUUGAGUAUAUUGGUGAAGAAUUUUGCCUAUAGACAAGUUAAAGCAUGGCUGUUUUUUGACGAAUUGAUUGAAAACAAGGAGAUGGAUAUCAAAGGAAUCAAUCCUGAUGCUCAGACUUUUACCAUUCUUUUACAAGGACUCCGCAAGUACUCGGAUCACGAGAAACAGAAAGUUUUAGCUGACACAAAGGUUUCAUCUCAUGAACGUAUAGUAAAGUUGUUGGACUUGGAAGCUGGUCACAUCAAGACUGCUGAUGUCAUCUUUGAUAAGGUAAAGAGCGUUGCCGCUCCACCAUUGCCAACAUCGAAUCCAGAACAAGAUAGGAAGAAUGUUGCAAAAUGGAGAAAGAAUAAACUUGAUAUUGAUUUCCCAGUAAUUACUACUUAUGUUGGUAGUUUCUGUAAUCGUGAUUCUGGCACUGGGCUUGAUUUAAAAAGUGGAUCGCACUACUUGUACAAUGAAAGAGCAUUGGAAAUUCUUCGUGGUGUUUCAACAGAAGUCGAAGCUAUGUUGAGCUUUUUGGAGCGAAAUGAAGGUAAACCUAAUGAGCCUAUAACUAGCUCAUCUAAAGUUAAAGAGUAUACCGAUUUGAGGGUCAAACUGGCUGUCAAUGGGGCAAAAAAUGCUCAAUUGUCGUACGUUUCACAAAUUGAUGAAUUAAUCCCCGCCAAUGUUGUCAAGCAGCUCAGUCUGCCAAUUAACCCUCAGGUUUAUAUCCCACUUCGUGACAAGGUCAAAUCUGAGCCUGAACCUUUGAUUGACUUCAAACGCAAUUGGCCAAUUGUGGGAAAGGCAUCCACUAGAGGCCAAAAAAAAGCCAAGCAGGAUCGAUAUUCAAUAAAUGCAUACAUCUUGAAUCAAGUAUUCGACAGUCUCAUAAACAUGGGUAGAUUUAAGUUGUUCGUUCAAGCAUUUUGGUAUUCGAUGAUUCGAUGGGGUGGUGUGAGAUUAUACACUGCUGAUUUGAAGAAACACAAUGUUUUGGACAGUUUCUUGUGUAAAUUGCAAAUCCAUAAACAUCAAGAUGCAAGAAUUGCCUCCAUCAUUGAUGAUGUGAUGUUUAGUUCACUUAUUUACAAAGUUGCUGAACAUGGACGACAACACGGUUCAACGAGAACCAAUAUUAUUUUGGAAAUGUUUACGGCAUUGACUAUACCCAAGUAUCGUGUGGGUGGUAUUGGAGUUAAUCAAAAUCAUAUCGAUCAUAUUUGUUCAACAUUGAUCAAGGAUUUGCAUUAUUAUAAUGACUCAAUCAAAAAGAAACAAUACAGUUCCAAACCUCAUCUCACGAAAGAGCAAUUGCUUGAAUUUCUUGACAACAUGAAUGUAUUCAGUCAAGUUCAUGCUACGUAUAUGGACCAAUGCAAGCUUGGUGUUGCAUCAAAUGCAUUUUACCUGUUUAUGGACAAAGUGAGCAAAACCUUGUAUUCCGCCAGAUGGAUUGAUGUUGAACGUGAUGAAGAGAAGUUGCAUAUGUACAAGAUGUUGAUUCGGGCAAAUAUUAAAUACUACAGACCCAAGUUUAUGGUGAAAAAGACUGAUCCAAAGACAUAUUGUGUCUCCGUAGAGGCAGCUAUAAAAGAGGCGAUUGAAUUGAUGAACGGUAUCGAUGGGUUGAGUGACCAAGACAAGAAAUUACGUACUGCGUUGAAGAAAUUGUUGAAUUUGAAAGUGAAUGAAUUGGAAAAAGUACAAUACGAAGCAUUUCUUAAUGAGAUUUACCAAUUGAUUUAUAUUAGUGGAAGAAGCAAAAGGACGGAGAAACUGUCUCGCCUAGAAGCACAUGACAAUGAUAAGCCAUCAGCAACGCCAGAUGCUGCAAGUAAAUCAGCGCCCAUUGCUCCAGAUCUGGUCCAAAUCUGA